UUGACUUCACAGCUUGUGGCAUGUUCAUAUGGGUGUCUCUCAUUGUGCUCAUAAUGUUCGGUAUCCUGGCCAUCAUCUUCCAAAAUAGGAUCCUGAACAUCGUAUACUCUAGCGUGGGUGCCCUGCUCUUCUCCUUCUACCUGGUGUUUGACACACAACUCAUGAUAGGAGGGAACCACAAGUUCUCCAUCUCACCCGAGGAAUAUGUCUUCGCGGCCCUCACUCUCUACCUGGACAUCAUCAACAUAUUCACGUACAUUCUCUCCAUUAUCGGAAAUAGUCGAAGUUAAAGAAAAAGAGUUGAUGAUUGGUGAUGGCACUAGCUAGUCGGCUUGAAGAUGCGAGAAAAACUUACUUUGCAGAUGGCCUACUGUAAAGUGAAUUGAGUUCACUUGUACUAUUAUUAGUGCAUAUUUUCUGUUUUGGAAGAGAUUGUUAUAUUUUGUAUUUGAUUUUUAUAAUGAUCUAAGAGAUAUUUUUUUUUUUUUUUUUCUUCUUCUUCUUCUUCUUCUUAUAACAUUUUUAUUUACUUGCUUGCUUUUUUUUUACAUAAUUAUCAAGUAAUAGGCCAAUGAUUCAUUAUAUAUAUGCACAGUACAGUAUAUAUUAUUCUUUAUUUAGAGAUUUAUCUUACCUGGUACUUCAUUUUUCAAGCUGUCAAAUCCUAUAGUCUGUAUAUUAUUAAGUUUACCAAUUAAAGACAAUUCACUGAGACUUCUCUGCAGGAAUUGAUGAUGACAGUAUCUGAGUACUGCAGAUCUCUAGUUUUUUUUAUGAGCUGUUUUAUUCAGAUCCUACACCACUCUUAGUUUAAAUGAUUAAUUGAAGGUUAUGUGUGCUAAUGCAAACCACUGCAAGAAAAAAAUAACAAUGAAGUGUAUAUCUGUAUGUCCUAGAAUCUAGUGUAGGAUGCCAUCUUAUCCCAUAUUUGUUAGCUUCAUAGAUGGGUAUAGUAUCUAACCCCCCUGCAAUGACCCUCUGCUGCUAAUGUAUAUACAUUUUGGCCAGUUCCUAUGUCGGUUUUGUAUUCCAGUGACAGGUUUCUAGAAAGUCUCGUUACUUUCCUAUUUUCCCAACAUUUUUUUCCAAGGCUGCAGCCUGAUUUUGAGUUUGUGUAUGCCAAGACUGCAACGAAAAGGGAGGUGGAAGUUAUGUAGAACUUUUUUUUUUGGGGGGGGGAGGGAUGUAAAGAUUUUUAUGUUGUAUGUCAGGCAGGAAUUGAGGACCAUGUACAAGUUAGAUGUGUUUUUUUUCUCUAUUUGGUAAUUCUCACACACAUGAACCCCCCUGCCACACACACACACCCAUACUCAAUCACACCUAGGGAGAUAAAUUUUGAAGGGACUGCUUUAAAAUCUCAUGUAUACUUCCUUGUGAAACACUAUAUAUUAAAAGCACAAAGUUAUUACAUUUACUAUGACAUUAAGAAAAAAAUAUUAUUUUGCAAUUGAUAUGCAUUCCAAAAGGGUUAUCAUUAGUAUAGUUUAUACUGUACAAAUUGUAAAGAAAAGUUUUGUUUUUCUACUUCAUUGUUUUUGUUGCUUUAUAGUCCUACUGUUUUCUGUUUUUUAAUCAAGUGUUUUUGAUGUUUGUUUUUUUUGCACUAUCACAAACUUGUGGAUUUACAAAGCCUGAUAAAAGAAAGAAACAAAAACAAGAAACAAGAACAAAAAAAGAGAUAAUAAACAAAGAGAAAAAGAUACUGAAUUGUAUAUGUCCCUUCCAUUGGCAAGAUUAAAGCACUCUUUGCUGUACAGUACUUUGUAUUUUGAGAAAGACAUGAGCGAGUAGGCAAGGGCAAGAAACAGAGACAUUGAGAAAUAGUGAGUAGGUGAGUGAGUGAGUGAGAGAAUGAGAGUGAAUGAAAAUUAAAUGGUAUCUAUAAAAUUAGUAAUAUCUACAGAUUGUAAUGAAUUAUGUCUUGUGGCGAGAGGUCUUUUAUGUUUACAGCGCUCUUAUCAGCCAUGUUAUGAUUCAUUCCUUGCUCUCUUUACUCGAUUAGUCAAGAAGGGAAUAAUGUUGAGGAUCUGAAUUGUAAAGCGUAAUGUAUAGGUUAAGUGACGUAUUUAUAUAUGUAAAUGUAUCUCUUUAUUUGAUUUUUUCUAUGAAGACCAUUGGGUUCAAUGGUAUUCCAAGGCAAAAUAUUAGUCUGAGUUAAUUGGGUCAGAGGAUUAUCAGAUUUUCAUCAUUGGUGUAUGUUUAUCUGUAUCUACAUUCACAUGUUUUUUUUUUUCACAUUUCUGUCAUUGCAGAUUUGAGUGAUGAAUCAGAUGAGCAUAUCAAAAAGUACAUAGUAAAGAAUAUUUUUGUAAAAAAUAAAGUAAGAUAAAGUAAAGAUUAUUUUUCUCCAAAGUGACUUGUAUUUAUCAUUUAGUAUUUUAAGGGAAUUUUAGUCAUAAACCCAUAAAUGCUAAUUGAUGCUGUUUUGAAUACAAUUAAGAACUAGUAUGUGAACACAAAUUACAUGUAUAUUUUCCAUCUUUUGUCUCUUAGAUCCUUUCAUUUAUAUGAUGUGUAUAAAGAUUUUAGUGUGAAAACAUCAAGAAACGAGACUAUGUUAAUUGAUUAAGACAGAGGAGAAUAAAGAAAAAUCUUAAUUCUUUUCUAUGAUCCAUUUUAGCAGAAAGUAAGUCUCAAAUGUUUGAAUUUUAUGUAAGAAAAUAAAUUGGUUUGGGAUGAGAAUGUAAAAUGCAAAAGAAAGGUGUAAUAGAUAUAAUUUAUAGACUACAAACUGAAAUACUAUGAUGUUCUGUGUACUGUAGUUUAUCCUGUGCAAUUUUCUUUGUGAAUGUUUCGUGUCUGCAGUUCAGCACCACUUAUGAUAUGAAUCUUGAAAUAUCUCUAUUACUCAAUUUAUGUCAUUUAAUUUUUUCCGAGUCUGAGAGUAUUUUUACAUUUAAGCAUUUCUUUGUCUCCUCAAUAGAGAUUGUGUUCUCUUUGGCUCUCUCUAACUCACUGGCUUUGUCAUAAACAUCUGUAGUUCAGCAUUGUGAAUAUUUGUUUUUCAUGUUCUCUAAAGGGCUUGUUACAUUGAGCCAAAUUUUCUUGGAUUGCUAAAGAUUGUUUAUCAUAAGGCUUUAAUAUCAUGUUGAAUUCAUUCAGGUUUCUAUGUAACUGGAAUAUCUUGGCUGUAAGUUAAUUUAUUUUCCAUUUUGUAGCCUUGUAUAUUUUAUUCCUUUUGAAAAUAUUCUCAUGAUAGUAUUAUGAAUGUUUUAUAUGUGAAAAUUUAAACAUUUAUACAUUAAUGAAAGAUGAAACUGCAGAAUCAGUGAAAAUCAAACAAAUUAUUCAUAUUUGUAUGUUAAGCUUGUAUUCAGAAAAAGAUGGUUACAUUUGACUUAUUAAGUCUUUCAAGUCGUAUUAUGUAUUUAAAAAUCCAAGAAAAAACAUUUUAGGACUGUAAUUAAAUAUAUUAUUAUUGUCACAUACAUUAUAUAAGUUAUUAAA